AAUUAGAAAAGACAAAAUAUUGUUCAUAUAUGCCAGUUAUGCAAAUUAACAUUACAACAAAUCAGUAUUGCAAAUUGUUCGUAAUCUUGUAAAAAUAUGUCUUUAAAUAAAAAAUGUGAAGAAGCUUACGAACAUAUAAGACAAGCUGAAAAAUGUUUAAAGACUUCUCUUUUGAAAUGGAAACCUGAUUACGAAUCGGCUGCGGAUGAAUAUUCUAAAGCAGCUAUAUGUUUCCGUAAUGCCAAAGCAUUUGAUCAAUGUAAAGAUGCUUUUAAAAAAUCUGCUGACUGCCACAAGCAACAACAUUCAUGGUUUCAUGCUGCAAAAUGUUAUGAUCAAGCAAUCUUAAUAUGUAAUGAAACUAAAAGCUAUUCUGAAGUUAAAGAAUUAGCCGAUAAAGCUUGUCAUUUGUAUCAGCAACAUGGGUCACCAGAUGCAGGAGCCACCGUUUUAGAAAAGGCAGGAAAAAUAUUGGAACAAGAGUGUCCGCAAGAUGCCAUCUAUUUAUAUCAAAAGGCUGCAGAAGUUAAUUUGAUUGAAGACAGUCAAAGGCAAGCUGCAGAACUUUUAAACAAAACUGCAAGACUUAUGGUUAAGUUACAAAUGUAUGAUCAAGCUGCGGAUGCUUUGCGCAGAGUCAUGGGGAUUUAUCAGCAAUCUGAAAGUUACCAAUCUAUGGGAAGAUUAACAGUGGCUCUUGUUCUUGUGCAGUUAGCUCGAGAAGAUUGUGUUGCAGCUGAAAAAGCAUUUAAAGAAUGGGGAAAUUGUUGUGAUGCAAGUGAAGUUCAAACGUUGGAAAGAUUACUUCAGGCAUAUGAUGAUGAAGAUCCAGAUGCUGCAGCCAGUGCAUUGAGAGAUCCAUUUAUUCGGCAUAUGGAUGUUGAAUAUGCACGGCUUUCUAAGAUUUUGCCUUUACCCAAAGGUGUUUCAAUAGAACGUGCUCCGAAUACAGGAGUUGUAGAAAAUGCUGCUGCUUCUUACGUGUCUCCCAAAUCAAAAAAUAAUGAAGAAGAAGUUCAGGAGUCUGUUGAAAAACCAAUUGCUGAAUCUCCUUCAAAUGACUCUGAAGAUGAAGAAGGCUUACGUUAAAUUUUUUUUAAGGUUAUUGAUCUUGAAUUGAACUUGCAGGUUAGUCACUCUAUUUUGAGAAAAUUAAAAUCCAGAUAAUUUUAUUAUAUUCUGGUUUGUUGACUUAGAAUGAUAUGAUACACUUUGAUUAUUUUUCAAAGCAAUAAAUUUCAACAUGAAUAUGAAUAUCUGUAUGCACAAGCAUUUAUGUAUAUAAUUUUAUCAAGAUCGAG